AGGCUCAGCAGACGCCCCCCCCCAGGCCCAACAGACCCCCAGCCCAGCAGACCCCCCAGGCCCAACAGACCUCAGGCUCAGUAGACCCCUCCCAGCCCAGCAGCCUCUGCACCAAACCGGCAGCUCCCCCAGGGUCAGCAGAUCCCCCCGGCCCAGCAGCGCACCCGGCCCAUCUUGGGGCCGCCAUCCUUGUGAGGAGGGGUCGUCGGGGGCGAUGGCCCUGGCCGCGGCGGCGGCUGCGGUGGCGGCGGGGGUGAGCCAGGCGGCCGUGCUGGGCUUCCUGAGGGAGCACGGCGGCAAGGUGCCCAACGCCGACCUGGUCAGCCGCUUCCGGCCGCUGCUGGACGCUGGGGACCCCGGCUCCCGCGCCGACCGCCGCCGACGCUUCAAGCAGUUCGUCAACGACGUGGCCGUGGUCAAGGAGCUGGAUGGGGUCAAGUUCGUGGUGCUCCGGAAGAAGCCGCGCCCUCCGGCCCCGGACCCGAUGCUCACGACUGACCCUCGAACCCCGGAUCCGGGGUCUGAGAAGGCCCGGGUGUCCACUGAGGCCCAGGGGCCCGUCCGGGCCGGUGAGCCCGCUGUGGUCGAGGGUCUUGCGGAGGCUGAGGGGUCCACGGAGGUCCAGAGGGUCAUGGAGGCCGAGGAGCUCGAAGAGGCCGAGGGGCCCACGGAAGUUGAGGGGUCUGUAGAGGCCGAGCAGCCCACGGAAGUCGAGGAGUUCGUGGAGGCCGAGGAGCCCUCGGAAGUUGAGGGGUCCGUAGAGGCCGAGCAGCCCACAGAAGUCGAGGGGUUCGUGGAGGCCGAGGGGCCCGUCGAGGCUGAGCGGCUUGCAGAGGAUGAGGGGCCUCCGGAGACCAAGGAGCCCAUAGAGGUCAAGGGGCCGGCGGAGGCAGAAGGGUCCGAGGGGCCUGAAGAGGCUGAGAGGUUCAAGGAGGCUGAAGAGACUGAGGGAGCCAUAGAGGCUGAAAGGCCCAGGGAGGCUGAGGGCCAUGAGGAGGCCGAAGAGCCUGAAAAGUCUGAGAAGGCUGAAGAGGCCAAGGGGCAUGAAGAGGCGGGAAAGGCCGAAGGACCCCAAAGAGAGGGCGAGGAGCCAUCCCGCCACGCUGCGGCCCCGAAGCCCUGCAUGCUGCCCAUCCGCUGUCUCCCGCCGACGAUCCGCGUCCGGGCAGCGGACGAGGCGGGGGCCCUGAGGCGGCAGAGCUCCGAGGAGCCGGGCCCCAUCGAGGUCCCUCUCUUCAGGCGGCGCCUGUCGGCGGACGAGCCACUCCCGAGGCGCUCCCCGGGCUUGAGGAGGCCCCUGCGGGCAGCUCCGCGCCUGCUGCUCAGCCCCGAAGAGCCGCUGCUGUCGACGCCAUCGACGUCGCCGACGUCUCCAACGCUGCCAACGCUCCCAACGCCAUCAACGCUGCCGCCGCCUCCACCGCCGCCAUCUUCCGUCGUACCCCUGGAGCCGGCGGAGCACGAGUGGCUGGUGCGGAGCGCGGCGGGCCGCUGGACCCACCAGCUCCACGGGCUGCUGCUGCGGGACAGCGGGCUGGCGGCCAAGCGCGACUUCACAUCGGGCUUCACCGCCCUGCACUGGGCCGCCAAGAGCGGCGAUCGCGAGAUGGCACUGCGCCUGGUGGAGGUGGCGCGGCGCGGUGGCGGUGCGCCCGUCGACGUCAACGCCCGCUCCCACGGGGGCUACACCCCGCUGCACCUGGCCGCUCUGCACGGCCACGAGGAUGCCGCCGUGCUGCUGGUCGCCAGCCUGGGCGCCCACGUGCACGUACGUGACCACAGCGGUCGCCGCGCCUACCAGUAUCUGCGCCCGGGGGCGUCGGAAGGCGUGCGUCGCCUGCUGGGCGACCCCCGCCUGCGAGGCCCGCCCGACCCCCACGGCGCCGCCAGGCGGUCGGUCCAGGUGGCCGCCUCCAUCCUUGGCUCCACCACCAGCGCCUUCCUGGGUGUCCUGGCCGACGACUUGGCCUUCCAGGACCUGGCCCGGGGCCUGCGGAAGUCCGGCUCCUUCAGCAAGGGAAAGGGCACCUCCCCCUUGCCCUCCCGCAAGAAGCCCAAGGCCUGGGGGGGCUUCCCCACCUUCUCCUCCGGGCCCGAGGGCACCGGGAAGCGCAGGCCCGUCUAUGACCUCUUCCAGGCCCACUGAAUGAGAAGGAGGAGAAGAAGAAGGUCUGUGGUGGUUGUUAAGGCGCUUACUGUGGGCCAGGCACCGUACUGAG